CGCUCCGCUUUUGACCUAGCAGAUUCGUCGCUUCGUCUUCAGUCGCGGCGGCGCCGGUUCGUGUCGAAAAUUCUGUUCUCGGUUUGGUUGUCAUAUCAAGCAGCUGAUGCGCGUCGCGGGAGCGACUCAAGCACGCGGGAGGCGACGUGGAACCUGCUUCUCGCCGACUUCCGGGUGAACGCCGCCGCCGGCAGCUGCAGAGGAGGAGGACUGCCGGGAAGCUGAGCGGCAAACAGCCCGGGAAAGCUUUACCGCCAUGGGUGGCUUUUUUUCAACAAUCUUUUCCAGUUUGUUUGGUACACGGGAGAUGAGAAUUUUAAUUUUGGGGUUAGAUGGUGCAGGAAAGACCACAAUUCUAUACAGGUUACAAGUUGGUGAAGUUGUAACUACCAUUCCUACAAUUGGUUUUAAUGUUGAAACAGUCACCUACAAGAAUCUAAAGUUUCAAGUCUGGGACUUAGGAGGACAGACUAGCAUCAGACCAUAUUGGCGAUGUUACUAUUCCAAUACUGAUGCAGUUAUCUAUGUAGUAGACAGCUGUGAUAGAGACAGAAUUGGAAUUUCAAAAUCUGAGCUUGUUGCCAUGUUGGAGGAAGAAGAAUUAAAGAAAGCCAUUUUAGUGGUAUUUGCAAAUAAACAAGAUAUGGAACAAGCCAUGACUCCUACGGAAAUGGCAAAUGCGCUUGGACUCCCAGCUCUAAAAGACAGAAAAUGGCAGAUAUUCAAAACAUCUGCAACAAAAGGCACUGGGCUUGAUGAGGCUAUGGAGUGGCUGGUUGAGACCUUGAAGAGCAGACAGUGAAACAGACUUGAAGUUUUCUUCAUUGAUUAUGUGAAUAAAUGCAAUGCUGUAAAUAGGAUUGAGAUUAUCUUUUGAAAAAAUGGUGUUCCUGUGCAAUCAUUCUGAAAGUUUGCAUAUUAUAUAUACUUCAUAUCUUGUGUAAGUUACGUAACAUCAAUUUUUAUGAUACUCAAUACUGAAUAUUGGCUAGAAAAAUUGGAAUAAAUCUUUAUUUUAAGUGUCUGAAACUAUUUAACACUAAUAAAUAUUUAACUGUCUACA